AUACAGGUGGCUGUAUUCUCUGACGGCAGUAACCCCCAUCUCAGCUACACGCUGGCCCUGACUGCCAGAGAGGCUGGGGUUCACAUCUGAGUGCCCUUGGGGGUCUUCCAGAGCUUCGACUUCUGGGAUCCUUUGAGACCUUGGUGGAAAACGCACUUGAGGGUUUUUUUCUUUAUAGUCGGGGUGGAAAGAUCACUCGAGAAGUCUUUUCGUCGACCUUGGAGCUUGAAAAAGUGUCCGGAAGUGAUAUUGCCAGCGUUUUUAGGAAGACGGGUCUGCUUGCCUUUGAGAGUGUGGGAGUGUGUUUGGUCUUCCAAUCAGAAAGCAGUAGAACCUGAUAUUCAACCUGCUUUGAGUUCUAAUCCAGUCUCUAAGGUUUCCUGAGAUGAAGCCCCUCCCGCUGCAACAAAGCCCCACCCCCUGCUUUAAAGCCACGCCCUUAUCCCUGGAGGCCUGCCACUCAAGAAGCAAAGAGAAAGGCUGGCAGCCUGACGUCCUGAGUGGGUCUGUGAUGGCCGCAGUUUGGCAGCAAGUGUUGGCAGUGGAUGCGAGGUACAACGCUUAUCGCACCCCCAGCGCUCCUCAGUUCCGGACUCAGUAUAUCCGGCGCCGCAGUCAGCUCCUGAGGGAGAAUGCCAAGGUGGGCUACGAGCCACUACUGCGCAAACACUACCUGAGAGUGAGGAGCCAGCUGCUAGCGCUGAGGUACGGGCCUCUGUCCGAGCAGAGCAGCUUCAGAGCAGCCUAUUCCAGCAGCGUGCGCAGCUCCCGGAACACGCUGGACCGCAUGGAGGAUUUUGAGGAUGACCCCCGCUCUCAGGGGGCUCGGGGUCACAGGCGCUCCGUCAGCCGGGGGUCCUACCAGCUGCAGGCCCAGAUCAACAGAGUGGCAUACGAGGAGAGCAGACCCCCGGGAAGUUUGGUUCCCACAUCGGUGGCCGAGGCGAGCCGCGCGAUGGCCGGAGACACGACUCUGAGUGAGAACUACGCCUUCGCGGGCAUGUACCACGUCUUCGAUCAGCACGUGGAGUCAGCAGUUCCUCGGCUCCACUUUGCCAACGAUGACCGGCUGCUGUUGGCGUGCUGCUCUCUGGACGGCACCCUCUCUGUGCUCUCCCUCUCCUCCUCGCCCCCGUCUGUGCGCCUCGUCCUGUCGGGUCACUCCGGCCCGGUCACCGACUUCGCCUGGUCGCUUAGCAACGACGUCAUAGUGUCCACCUCGCUGGACGGGACCCUGCGGAUCUGGAACACUGGCGACGGGAGGUGCAUCCGGGAGGUGGAGGAUCCUGACGGAUCGGAGCUGCUGUGCUGCACCUUCCAGCCCAUCAAUAACAACCUGACUGUGGUUGGUAACGGUAAGCACAACCUCCACGUGGUGAACAUCUCCACUGGUAAGAAGGUGAAGGGCGGCUCCAGCAAACUGACGGGCCGCGUGCUGUCGCUCUCCUUCGACUCCCCAGGGAAGAUCCUGUGGGCCGGAGAUGACCGGGGCAGCAUCUACUCCUUCCUCUUCGACAUGGCGACCGGGAAGCUGACGAAAGCCAAGCGCUUGGUGGUGAGCGAGGGCAGCCCUGUGACGAGCAUCUCCGCCCGGUCCUGGAUCAGCAGAGAGGCCAGAGACCCCUCCCUGCUCGUCAACGCCUGCGUGAACAAGCUGCUGCUGUACCGGGUGGUUGAUAACGAGGGCACCCUGCAGUUGAAGCAGAGUUACCCGAUCCAGCACGGCUCCCAGCCCCUGCACAGCAUCUUCUGCCCCCUCAUGUCCUUCAGACAGGGAGCCUGCGUGGUGACGGGCAGUGAGGACAUGUGUGUGUACUUCCUGGACGUGGAGAGGAACACCAAAGCCAUUGUGAACAAGCUGCAGGGUCACAGUGCGCCAGUACUGGACGUGAGCUUCAACUGCGACGAGAGCCUGCUGGCAUCCAGCGAUGCCAAGGGCAUGGUGAUCGUGUGGAGGAGGGAGCAGAAGUGAGGGGGGGGAGCGGGGAGCAGGGGGCAGAAGUGAGGGGGUGGAGCGGGGAGCAGAGAGCAGAAGUGAGGGGCAGGAGAACACUGGAGAUAAAGUAUAUAAAACUCUACCAACAAACUGGUAGAAGGACAGCAGCCACCUAACAUGUCUAUAUAAAGUAAUCUAGCAUCUUACACUGGCACAGCCUCGCUGUACACGGGGGCACUGCUGGUGGGGCCGCUCUGUAUAACACUAAUAUAAAACCCUGUGCAGAACUACAGCAUCUACUCAACAUGGUGUCUAGAUAAAGAGCGAAAGUUUUAAUCAAGUGUCUUACACUGGCAUGGCCUGUGCUGGGAACCAGAGUAAACCAUUAUACAGUUAUAUAUAUAUAGAGAGAGAGAGAGGGGUAAAUAGAUAGAUAGGACUAAAGAAAUCACGUGCAUUUACUCUAUUUAAGACAUUUCUGCUGUAAAGUCAUUCUGUAAUAAACCUUGGUGUCUGUACUGAA